AUGUAUACAGCCCUUUACCUAGCCGUCUUCAUCGCUGUUUUCCACUACACCAUCGUGCUGGCAAUCAACCACCACCGUACCCGCAAGACCCUAUCCCAGCUCGUAAAAGCCCACAAUUGCUCCUCCCCCAAGACCGAACGCCCUUGGGACAUCCUGGGUCUGAUCAAAAUCUACUCCUCGACCAAACACCUGCUCAACGAAACCGCGCUGAGCAACGUCUCCGCCCUCUUCGUACGCUACGGCGACACCUACGCCUCCCGCAUCCUCACCCAGCGGGUGUACUUCACCUGCGACCCACGAAACAUUAGGCAUAUCCUGAUCAAUAGGUUCAGCGAUUUUGACGCCUCGGAUGUGCGCGCCCAUCUCUUCGCCCCGAUUACGCCGCACGGCAUCUUUGCUGUGGACGGGGCGGAGUGGAAAGAGGCCAGAAGUUUGUAUGCGGACAUCUUCUCUGCAACCAGGAAAAUCUUUGAUCUGCAGUUGCAGGAGGAUGGGUUCCAGGGCUUGAUUAAGCAGAUUCCGCGGGGCCAGGCAGUGGACCUGGCGCCGGUGUUUCUGAAGCUGGUACUGGAUGUGAACAGUGCUUUUGCGAUGGGAACUGGGCUUGAAACGCUCAAUCAGGAUCAGUCACCGGAGAAGAAAGAAGUGGCCGAGGCGCUAAUGUACGCAAAGAAGAUUAUGGCGCGGGACGGGUUUCUGGGCCCGUUGCAUUAUCUCCUAAGUCGCAAGGACUUUUAUGCGGCUUGUGAGACUGUCAAGGUGUAUGUGGAGAAGGUUGUGAGGAAGGAAAUGGCGGCGAGGGAGUAUCGAAAGCAGUCCAAUGCAGCCACAGUGGAUGACGAGCGUCAGAAGCGAACGCAGAGUCUGCUGUCGCGGAUCCUGGAUCAUACCAACGACGUCCCUGCUAUCCGUGACGCGGUUGUCACAAUCCUGAUUGCGGGCACAGACUCGGUGGCCAGUAUGUUGUCCACUACGUUCUUUCUCCUCGCACGCCAUGAGCGCGUGUAUGCAAAGCUGCGCCAGGAAAUUCUGGACACGAUAGGCACCGAGCCACCGACAUACGACACCAUCAGGAAGGCCACUUAUCUCCGCUAUGUUUUCAACGAAGCAAUGCGCGUCUACCCGCCAGUCCCCUUCAACGCCCGCACCGCCAACCGGGACACAUACCUGCCAGCGGGUGGAGGCCCAGACGGGCAAUCCGGUGUGCUCAUCCGUAAGGGCCAGCGGGUCAUCUUUGCCUCGUGGGGCAGCCACCGCAGUACGCGCUCAUUCGGAGCUGACGCGCUCGAGUUCCGGCCGGAGCGAUGGGAGGGGCUGAAGAAUUGCUGUUUUGUUGAUGGUGACGAUGCUGAUAGCAAUGGCGAUGGUGGUAGAACAAUACGCGCUGCUCGAGGCCUCGUACGCGACGAUCCGGAUCAUUCAGACUUUGAGCGGCUCGAGAACAGGGAUGUGCGCCCGUGGAUGGAGAAGAUUGGCUUGAACUUGUCGAACAAGAAUGGGGUGCUUGUGGAGUUGGUGCGCUGA